AGGAUAUCAAUACCAGAAAGCUCCAGUGAUGUGCUGUUCCAGUGGUGGGGAUAUGAGAUGGAUCCUGGCUACUGGGUGAAGAUUCAUCACUUAGAAUACACAGACGGAGGAAUCCUGGAUCCAGACGAUAUCUUGGCCGAUGUCGUGGAAGACAAAGAUAAGCUGAUUGCCGUGUUUGACGAACAAGAACCACUCCUCAAGAUCGAGAGCCCCGGAGGAAACCCAGCAGGUCGCCAGAGCCCAGAUGCCUUCGAGACUGAAGUGGCUGCCCAACUGGCUGCCUUUAAACCAGUUGGUGGGGAAAUUGAAGUAACCCCUUCUGCUCUGAAGCUAGGCACUCCACUGCUGGUGAGGAGAAGCAGUGACCCAGCACCAGGCCCACCUGCUGAUGCCCAGCCAACUGCUUCACACCCCAGUGGCCAGAGUCUGAAACCUGCUAUUCCAGAUUCCACACAAAACUUAGAAGAUGGAGAAGUUAUGAAUGGUGUGCAGACAGAACUACUGACAUCACCGAAAAUUAAGGAUGCACUGAGUGAUCUGACCAGAACAGUGGAGAUUUCUGCCGAAGGAGGCCCCCUGGGAAUACAUGUAGUGCCCUUCUUUUCUUCUCUGAGUGGAAGGAUUCUCGGACUCUUCAUCCGCGGCAUUGAAGAAAACAGCAGGUCCAAGCGGGAAGGACUGUUUCAGGAGAAUGAGUGCAUUGUAAAGAUCAACCACGUGGACCUCGCAGACAAAACCUUUGUUCAGGCUCAAGACGUCUUCCGCCAGGCAAUGAAAGCUCCCUGUGUCCUCCUCCACGUGCUCCCCCCUCAAAACCGUGAGCAGUACGAAAAAUCAGUCAUUGGACCUCUGAACAUUUUUGGUAACAACGAUGGUGUUUCGAGAACAAAGCCACCACCACCUGUCCACCCAAGAUCAGGAAUAAAGACCGUGAGUCUCACAGGAACAAGCAGCCCCGAAGAAGAUGGGUCACCUUCCCUGCAGCAAAGCAAGAGCCCCCGAGUCCCAAGAAUAGGGAGAAAGCCAUCCUCUCCCUCACUCUCCCCUCUCAUGGGGUUUGGCAGCAAGAAAAAUGCAAAGAAAAUUAAGAUUGACCUUAAGAAAGGCCCGGAAGGACUUGGUUUCACUGUGGUCACCAGAGACUCUUCCAUACAUGGUCCUGGUCCCAUUUUUGUGAAAAACAUUUUACCAAAGGGAGCAGCAAUAAAAGACGGCCGUCUGCAAUCCGGGGACAGAAUUUUGGAGGUGAAUGGCAGAGAUGUCACUGGCCGAACUCAGGAAGAGCUGGUGGCCAUGCUGAGGAGCACCAAGCAGGGAGAGACAGCGUCUCUGGUCAUCGCCCGCCAAGAAGGAGCCUUUCUGCCCCGAGAGCUGAAAGGAGAACCUGAUUGCCGGGCCCUCUCUCCGGAAACCACGGACCAGCUCACCUUUGAGAUCCCCCUGAACGACUCCGGCUCUGCUGGUCUGGGGGUGAGCUUGAAAGGGAACAAAUCCAGAGAAACUGGAACCGACAUGGGAAUUUUUAUCAAAUCCGUCAUCCAUGGAGGUGCUGCCUUUAAGGACGGUCGUCUGCGGAUGAACGACCAGCUGAUUGCAGUUAAUGGGGAAUCUCUCUUGGGAAAGUCCAACCAUGAAGCUAUGGAAACACUUAGACGAUCAAUGUCCAUGGAAGGAAACAUACGAGGGAUGAUCCAGUUGGUGAUUCUGAGGAGGCCAGAGAGGCCGAUGGAGGAGCCCGGAGAGUGUGGGACGUUUUCGAAGCCGUGCUCUGAGAACUGUCACAGCGCCGUGGCCACCUGCAGGAGGAGCGAGGAUGGCACGUGGCAUCCGCUGAGCACUUACUGUCCACACCACAAGCAGAGAGAGCCAUUGCUUCCCAGUGAUGGAUGGGCCGAGAGCGAAGUACCUCCUUCUCCAUCACCACUUCCCGUUCUGGAAUUGGGCCUUGAAGAUUACAGCCACAGUUCUGGGAUGGAUCCGGCUGUGUAUUUUCCAGAUCAGCACAGCAACUUCAGAUCUGUGACACCAGCCAGGCAGCCCGAAUCCAUGAGUCUGAAAGCCUCAAAGAGCAUGGACCUUGUGCCAGAUGAAAGCAAAGUCCAUUCAUUGGCUGGACACAAAUUGGAAUCUCCCAGCAAGGACUUCGGCCCCACUCUGGGACUGAAAAAGUCCAGCUCCCUGGAGAGCCUGCAGACGGCGGUGGCCGAGGUGCGCAAGAACGAGCUGCCGUUCCACCGGCCCCGGCCGCACAUGGUCCGCGGCCGCGGCUGCAACGAGAGCUUCCGCGCGGCCAUUGACAAGUCCUACGACGGCCCCGAGGACCUGGACGACGGGUUGUCUGAUAGGAGCUCUCACUCCGGCCACGGAGCCCUGAACUGUGACUCGGCCCCUCCGGGGAACUCUGAGCCGGAGGACCUGGAGAAUAAAGCCAGGAAAGCCAAAAAGACGAAAGAGAAGGAGAAGAAGAAAGAAAAGGGCAAAGCGAAAGGCAAGGAGAAGAAGCAGAAGGAGGAGAGUGAAGAUCCAGAAAGGAAGAUAAAGAGGAAGGGGCUUGGUGCCAUGCUGAGAUUUGGAAAGAAGAAAGACGAGAAGAGUGGGAAAGCUGAGCAGAAAGGUCCUGUGAAGCAUGGGGGCCUGCGAGAAGAGGAGCUGGAGAAGAUGAAAGAGGAGCGGGAAAGGAUUGGAGCAAAACAUCAGGAGCUAAGGGAAAAGCAGGCAAGAGUUCUUGUUGAUUAUGCUACUGGUACAAUUGGAUCACUGCAUGAUAUGGAUGAUGAUGAAAUGGAUCCCAAUUAUGCCAGAGUGAACCACUUCCGGGAACCAUGUACAUCAGCAAAUGUCUAUAGGUCUCCGUCUCCCCCUCGGGCUGGACCACUGGUUUAUCCUCGUGAUGGCCGUCCACUCUCUCCAGAGAGAGACCAUUUAGAGGGUCUCUAUGCCAAGGUCAACAAGCCAUACCAUCCACCGGUGCCAGUUGACAGUGGCUAUCCCAUGAGUGGAGGUGCUGAUCGCAUCCAGAAGUUGCGGAAGGAGUAUUAUCAGGCUCGGAGGGAAGGUUUCACAUUAUAUGAGGAUGACGAAGGAAGAGCAAGGCCAUCUGAUUAUGACCUUCACUGGGUGUCUGGAAAGGGUCCAGAUGGGAAUGCGCACAACCUCCGCUUCGAGGGGAUGGAGAGGCAGUAUGCAUCCUUACCCAGGGGAGGACCCGCCGAUCCCGCAGACUAUCUGACAGCAGCACCCCGAGGGCUCUACAAGGAGAGGGAGCUCCCAUACUACCCAGGGCCUCAUCCCAUGCAUCCGCCCAAAGGGAGCUACCCCCGCCCUCCGGAUCUGAGGGUCGCAGAUCUCCGGUAUCCCCAGUACUACCCACCCCCACCGGCCCCCCAGCACAAAGGACCCUUCCGCCAAGAUGUCCCGCCCUCACCCCCUCAGCACCACAGAGUGCCAGCCUAUCAGGAAAUGGGCAGACCAGGCCCCCGAGGGGGCAGCCCAGACCAGUACCCCUACCGGACCCAGGACCCCCGGCAGAAGAACCCCAUGACUGCAGCCGUGUAGCCCAACACCACCAAGCCCAGCGCAGCCCAGAAAGGAAGACAGCUAACAUCGCCCUUCCUCAAGGCCUUCUUCCUGUUAAGACUUGUCCUGCGUACAGAUUAGGUUUUUUGAUUGAGAAUGUAACACCUGACUGCUAAUUAGAGGGAAAAAGAAGGAACAGGAGUUUUUGGAGGGGAAAUGUCGGGAGAAAGAGGAAGGAUGGGCCAUAAAAACAAUACUGCCUGAUAUUUGAAGUACGUUUAGAACGGUUAACGUCCAUGAGUGGCAUUUGAACAAGCAAAUCACAAAGAAGAUACCCUCAGCAUUGGCAGCGUGGAGCAGCCGCUGCCCUGGAUCAUCUCCAUUCAGAAGCUAAGCUCCAACCACUGUAUUAAGUCGGAGGAGUGGCUGCAAACAUGGGCGUCUUAAGUGAGUAGUUUUUCAAUGAGAAAGGAAACAGCAAGCUUGACUUGUGAUCUCCUUGGAACGUUUUCUACCCAGAGGAAGACUGCAUCUCUUUACUUGUAGAAUUUCUCAGGUUCCUGGUACCAUUCGUGUGGUAUAAGUGUUUCACGUUUCCUCACUUUUGUAUAAAAAUAAGAUGCGAAUGCAGUAUUAGUGUCCUGGGAGAAUGUGCAAAGCUAGUCGGAACUUCCAGAAGGAAUCUAUUCCAAGGACCACAGUGACCAGGUAGAGGGCUGAAAUUCCCGUGGUCCUCACUUUUCUUCCUCCCAUGUCCCAAGCACAAUGGCAUGGGGACACGUGGUUUCAGAGUCACCCGCAGGUCUGCUGCCUGUAAUUAUUAGAACUGGGGCCUCUGCUUUAAGCCUCCCAUUGGAGGACUAGAAUGUACUUGAGAAAAAGAGGUCCCAUGGACUAGGCCACAGGGGAAGCAAUGCCCUGGAGGUGCCAAUUCUAGACCCAGUGCCAAACAAUGCCAUCUGGACCCCAGGGACAGGGCC